AUGCCUUUAGCAACAAAAAAUAAUAUAAAAAUCAUCUGCAAGACCAGAAGCUGGUGAAACUGAUGCUUGUUUUUCAGAAAUUUCAAGUUUUCUUUUAUUAACUUUAGAAGGUAUAUUAUUCAUAUUUCGAGGAAUCCUUUUUGCACAUUUUUACAAACAAAACUAAAGGAGUCUAUCCCUAUAAACAAAAGCUCAGGGGCCUAA